UCACUUGAAAGCUCGAAAGCAUUUAUUUCUCGCGCGUCGCUCACUCCGUCCGUACGUAUAGUACCUAUCACGCUCGAGCCAGUCAUCAGCGUUGCCGCAUAAGCCAAGCCCGUGGAGCGGAGCUGAUUUUAGUCCAAGUUUGAAAGUUGGAGCGUUUAGUAGUCCGUACCCUCCCGUUACCAAGUCCGGUGGAGAAAGCGUGAGAGUCGUUUCUCCAGUUCCAGUUAGAUCCCCAGAAUAUAGAACAUCGAUUCGUAGUUUUCAUUAUCGUAGUAAGCAUUGAUUUGUGCUGAUUUUGACAAGGCCUACUUGGUUAAGUGUGUAUUGUUGUUCCUGUUACUUUAAUCGGUGGUGCGUUGGAAAAGAAGUUUCUGUUGGCGAAAGAACGUCCAGGCUGAAUGAAGUGACGCGAGUAUAUCCGCGCGCCCCGAGAAGUCCGAUCACAGGGGGAAGAAAUCUAGCGAAGAAUAGAGAGUGGAGUGUGUAAUUAAUUUCCUUCCCUGCUGGUAGUUCAUUAAACUUUUAUUCAGUUUCCUCGUGCAUCUAUUCUAUUGUUUCUGGCCGUCUUUGUGAGACUGAGAGUGAGAACAGAAAUCGGAGAAAAAUACACCAAAUUAAAGCGGCUGGAAAUCUGACCGCCGAUUGCUGAAUUGAGAAGAAAACUAGAAAAAAAGCAUCUGUAAAUUGGAGAGAACCGGUUGGAAUCCACUUGUAACCUUCUUCUGCCUUUGAUAACCAAUCAAAUCGAGAGUGUGUACGAGCGAACGACUGGUGCUUUGCGGAGCGGAGCGGAGUGGCGUAAAUCUGGAGCACGGCAACAGAUUGUAGUAGCCUGGAAGCAACAAGCGUUUCGUGCGUGCGUGAUCUUUCCACACAAUCAUAGUAGACGACGGACGGCAUCGGGGGAAUACGCGUGCUCUCUUCCCCUUCAAUACAAUCAACAAGUGGUCGGCUACGGAUGACAUGCUUCGAUUGGGAGUUUCGAAACUGUAGACGCGAGACAGGUUGCUGUGUUUGGGUGAUUGGAGUGUUAUGAGAAAUCACCAAAAAUAAUAGAAGAAAAAUAAAUCAUCGAAAUCAGUUUAUGGACCUUGUUUGGUCACAGAAAAGUAUUGUAGUUUCUUGUGUAAAGAUAACUUGGUAACGACUGAUGCCUUACGAAUGUGCACUGCACGCUUGAGAAAGCAGACCGUAUACAAAAGCAACGAAGAGGUGAUUUAAUAUAAAAAAAGUAUAGUAAAAAUAAAACGGAAAGAAAAUAAUUAGAGCUAAUUAGUAGUGGUUUAGUUUUAUUUUCCACACUUCAUUUUGAAAGUAAAUUUCGGUUCGCUACUACUGUCUACCGAAACAACGUAAAUCCAUCCAGGUAGCGACUCAGGAAGCAAAACAAGAGCAAAGUGUGGCUAUAGAAGAGUGUCGAGAGUAAAUAAAGUAAAAGAGUGCCUAAAACGAGGAAAAUUGAGGCUCGUUGGUGCGGAGGAGCCCCGAAGAAGAAGAAACAGCGCAAAGUGCAGUGAAUUUUGGGCUUCCUCUGAAGGAGGCGAGCAGUGCAACAGUAUACAGUGAGUGAGUGAACGUGCGUGCGGAUUUUGAUCUCCUCCUUUGAUUUUUAAAAGAGUGCAAAACCGGAGCGUGACGACCUUUUCGAGGCCGGCCGCUACACAAAAGCCUGCAAGCUGGAUUACUUAAACAUGGAUUUCGACGACGGGGACCUGAAGGAGCUCUGGGACACAGAUCUCGAUGCGACCAUGCAAGACACACUGAAGAUGUCCAGCUACGCGGACAUGCAAGACUGGAUGGAACGGGACCCGAAGCUCCCGCCAGUGAUCCUCAACGACAAACUGAUGACGGACGCGAUCAUUGGCACCGGGAUGCCUAUCAAGACAGAGCACUCGUACAGCCUGAACUCGGACGGGGACUCGAUAUCGGACACACUACCCGAAUCGCCACACAGUUUGCAGAACAAAAUGGACGACAUGGAUGAAGAGUGCUACCCUGCCAUCAGUAUGAACACAGCACAGAGCAAACAGCACAUCAUCCACAGGAAUCAGCCGAAUCCGGCGCUGUUGUCGACGGCCACUAGCACAGUUCUCACAGCCUUCAGCGGUCAGAAUGCGUUCAAAAAUGUCUCCAGUGGAAGUUUCAACCUGCUCAGCGCACUGCACCAGCAACAGCAACAGCAGCAGCAACAGUCGAACAGUAGUCAAUUGACGCACCCGCAGCUUGUGCUAGGUCACCCGAUCAGCUUAAACAACAACCACCUCACCCUCAACAACAACCUCACCAAGGACAGUUUACUGCUGAAUUCGGGAAUCAGCAGCAAACGAAGCUGUUCGAACGAUUCGUCCUCUUGCAGUUCCGGGAGCGUAGCUUCCGACAUCGAAAUCGAUGAACUCACCGUCAAAGAGGAACCCAUGUCACCGAGCUCAAGUUGUCCUCCCUCACCGGCCGGGGCCGGAUCGGGUGGAACAGCGUUAGUCAACGGCUACACCAUUUCGACGGUGAAUCUAGCCAAUAUGGCUGCCUACACACAGUCCGACCUUGUGCUGGAACACAAGAAUGGUACCCUCCAGCUAACACCCGCCUCGCAGAGUCUGCUCAAAAGCCAGCAGAUCGUCAUCAAUGGUAACGCAAUCAGCACUACCAGCAGCUCGUCCACUCCGUCCACACCUGCCACCGCUUCCAAAAUUGUCAUGUCCAAGUUGAACAUCAAAAUGGAACCGCAGUCAUCCACCUCCUUCGGUCUACCUCCCACGCCUCCGUCGUCGCUGCCGAGCGAUGAGUCCGAGGGCAACCAAAGUCCGGAGCAUCACACGUCACCCAUGUCCCCGCCCACAGUGAUCUCGCCCAGCAUUGGGUCCAACAGCAGCAGCAGCAGUAGUUCCAGUAGCAGUAGCAGCAGCGGAAGUACGCCCAGCAGCCGGCGGACAUCGGUGCACAAUGCGAGUGGAGUAUCCGGAGCUGUGUCACCGGGGAGCUCUUCGAUGUUGAUGGUGUCGCCUACCGCGCAGCAGCAGCAGCAGGCCAGCAUCGCCCGGGCGGCAGCUAACCAAAGUGCUACCACGAGGCAACCGAUCCACACGCCGCUGAUCAGUAGUCAACCGAAAGGAUCCACGGGAACGCUGAUCCUGACGGAGGAAGAGAAACGCACCCUCCUGGCUGAAGGCUACCCAAUCCCAACUCGGCUUCCGCUGACCAAAGCCGAAGAAAAGUCCCUCAAGAAAAUCCGGCGGAAGAUCAAGAACAAGAUCUCCGCCCAGGAAAGUCGAAGGAAAAAGAAGGAAUACAUGGACCAGCUAGAACGCCGGGUCGAAAUUCUCGUGUCGGAAAACCUCGACUACCGGAAGCGAAUGGAAUCCCUCGAAGAUUCCAACCAGAAUCUUAUGACCGAGCUGGCCAAGCUGCGAGCGCUCGUUACCCGGCAGCAACAGCAAAACGUCCGGAAGAUGUAGGAGGGUGACUAAAGGAGAAAAUCAGACACACAAUUGUUGACAAAUUUUGUUCUCGCUCGUUGUUGUGUGUAGUUAUGAAAAUGCAUUCUUGGAUUUCCUAAAAUGGUAACAACAUGUACAAAGUAGUUAAUUUUUUUUAUUAUACUAGAAGAAAGGGACGCAAUUGCAACAGAGAGCGUUAUUUUGUUAGGAACAGUUUGGAUCUUGUUGAUUUUUUUUAAGGUGAGCAAAAAAUUGAAAAAUUUCCGUGCAAUAUUAUUGCGAUUUGAAGCGCCGGUCUUCCGCAUCCUUCGACAACGAUAUUUAUUCGGACUCGUGAUCAACCACUACUGUGUACUGUACCAACAAGACAACGGAUAUUACGAAAGAUAACACUCUAUAUAGAAACAAAGUGCAUUCCAUUAAAGUUUAGGUUUAGCUAAAACUUGUUGCAAAGCUAUUACGCUGAUAAUUUAUGACUUCUAGAUAGGGUUUUGCUAGUUAACGUUAACGCGGAUACAGCGGAUAUGUGUGCUGUUCACAGUCCUGCAUCCAAACCGACGAAUCGAAACGAUCAAUCGCGUGUGCCUUGAACGACAUUCCUCUCUUUCAAAUAGUAGUUUCGCAACCAGCCACGUGAGGCGUCGCUGUGCUGCUCGCAAGUUGCAUAAAGCUCUGCACGGACGAUGGAACCAACUCAGAAGUGAGUUGAGUUCGACUUAAUUUUGUCAAAAGUGGAUUUACUCAAAAGGAAGUUAAAUUUUUCUAGAUUUUCCAGGAAAAACUUCUCAAAUAUGAGGAAAAUCUAGAAAGGUAUACACGGACGGUCAAAUGUAGAUUUGCACACAAAGUGAGUCAAUGUUUUUCGAGCUUUUCCAUAAAAAAAACUUCUAGAAUAUUAGACAAAUCGAUGAAAUAUUAACUCCGUCUAGGAGUAUACGAAUAAACUGAGUGAAACCUCUUUCAAUGGGUUCUUGUAUUCAAGAAGUUUUUCCUGGAAAAUCAUGGGAAAUUCAACCCAUUCGAGCAAACCCUCUUGUUGAGCCGAAUCAAACUCACUGUUGAGCCGGUUUCAUCGUCCGUAUACUGCUAGACAGAGUAAAAUUUUCAUCGAUUUGCUUCAUAUUCGAGACGAUUUUCCUGGGAAAGCUCGGAAAAUUUUACUCACUUUAAGUAAAAUUGAGCCGAAUUCAACUCACCUUUGAGCUGGUUUCAUCGUUUGAUUAAUCAAAGUAGACACUUCAGUCUCUCACCGCACAAAGCGCUCGCGUCGACUCACUUCUCUCCAUUUGACGGGUCUCAAAUGAGAGAAAGCUGUUGUACACACAAACACUGAGAAAAACCCGUUCGUUAAUUUUGUGACACAAUUUCAUCGCUAGUUUGUAAGUUGAUAUUUUGUUUAAAGACAAAGUGGUUCCCCCCAAAUGUUAGUAACUCUGCCUUAACGGACGAUUAUUAUGAGUAACAUUUUUCGUUACACACCCACACACACACACACAGACACAUACACACGUUUUGUCCAGGUUUAGUUGUAGAUUGAAUUGUAGGUUACAUUUCCGGUUUAUGUUUACGGAAUUAAAUUGUGUACUUGUACAUAUACAACACAGGAAAACAGGAAGACAAAGUGGACUAUCCGGGUAAAAGCCAAACGACAAAUCAGCGAAUCGUGAGUCCGAUUGGCCUCAUGUGUAAAUAACAGUAACAAGCCGUCACCGCCCGUGCGCGCGUGCGUUAGAAAGUAUUCAAAAUUUCCAUUUAAUUGCGCUUCGAUCCUCAAUCACGCGUUGUUUGAGUAGGAGUUACGAUAUAAAUAUUUCUUUCAUGUUGAAAUUCAUUGGCAGUCGCAUUGAGGACAAAAUUUAAUUUUUGUUUUUCAAAAAAAAAAUCAUAUUUCGGACCAUUCAAGUGUCGCUUUCAAAGAUACAAAAAAUUUCGGUUUAAAGUUAUGUAAAUAAUUAUAGAAAAGAAGCCACGAAACCAGAAUGAAGUGCACGAGUACUUACGAGAAUCACGAUUGAAUUUAUUGUUAACCUAAUGCCUAAGGAUUUAAGAUUUGAUAGGAAAGUUUUUGCGAUAGGAACAGUAAGGCACCCGUUUUUAGGUUAGGUUUUUGAAUCACAAAUGUCAGCAGAUGAUUAUGAGGAGGAAAAAAGAGAAUAUAUUUUAUAUAAAAGUGUACAUUGUAGAUCAACCAAACCUUGAAGCUAAAGGGAAAUUUAAAGACGACGAGAACUUUGCUAGAUUUACAAAGAUCUUUAUUGAGAUAAUUCUGUAUUGUGCAUGGGCACGGAAUGCUGAGAAUACAUUGUUCUUUUACUUUUACUGAGAGUAAGCGCGGGAGGAAAUGAAUAGAUCUUACAGUCUGAAGAAACUCUGCGGACGUUUUGCGAGACCUUUUCUACACUAUUUAAACUAUUAAGGCUCCUAAAAAGUUUGCUCGACGGAGCUUGGAUGGAAGCAUAAUGGGUGAUUUAAAAAAUCACCGCCUACUGUGGAACAUAGAAGAGUUGAACAUUGAAAACUUUUUCUGCCAUUUUAAUUUUUAGGUUAACUUGAGUUUAAUAAAAGGAGACUAUUAGUUCGAAAAAGUACUUGUAGUAUUUAAGUUGAUUAAAAAACAGUUUAGCGUUAAGUAUUAGUUGUAGUUUUGAGCGCUAUUUUGAUGACUGAUAAGCAUACAUAUUUUCUGCUCGCACGAUCAGAAAUACACACUUAGAAAACCACAACCACACACACACACACACACACAUACACGCCUGCGCAUGCGUCCUUGACAAGUCUCUUCCAAUUUUUAUCUAACAUGGCUAAUUAUUGUGCAAUUUAUUCUUCUUCCUUAUUUAAAUUGUUAUUUUUAUUUUGUUCACGUUUAUUUUUCAAUAUUUUUUUAAAAAACAAGAAAACGAUAAAGUAUGUUACCUACAUCAUUUUUUGAGUUUAGUCGUAAGCUGCUGAUAUCUUAACUACUUUUAAGAGCAAAUAGCCACACAUUCAUACACUGCAAGCUUUCUGAAGCACAUUACUACCGUACGGUGCCCGGCUAGGGUCCAAAAAGAUAUUCGAUAAAUUCCAAAACAUGGAACGAUAUUGCAUGUUUCUCUCAACCAACCAAUUAACCAUCAUGAAAAAUCAAGCAUUUAUUAAAUGACUAUUGUACAUUAUUACCAACAAGCCCUAAUCCUUAAUCCAAAAAAGCCAACACAUUCAAGCUGGAAUUCAAAUCAAUCGCAAACAAAAAGAUACGGAAUAAAGUGUCAAACCGAACCAGACAACCAACACAACCAUACCGAGUCAAUGAUUAUGCAAAUUUAGGACAAUUAUUACUCCUAUUACUUUAUAAAAGUUACUUAACGAAAAACGAGAACAGAAAAUAAAACCACAUCUUAUUAUUGAAA